AUCAAUAUUGUGAUGUUUGUGGGUACAUCAUUAAUGUAUGACAUUUGUAAAUGUGUACCUACCUCUCAAUCGGGAUUUGUCAGUCGGUUGCCGGCCUUAAAACGUAUAGCUGAUUAACUGUGUAUAUAUUUGAAACGAUAUCCCUAAACAGUAUAUUUUGGCGACGAGGUAUUGAACUCAAGCGUGCAUUUAGUCAUUUAGUGUAGUGGAAGUAAAAUGGCUAGUAGUGGAAGCAUGUUCGGCGGCAGUCUCAGCUUCGAUCAUAGAACGCAAGAAUGGAGCAUUUUUCAAAGCCGUUUUGUACAAUAUUGUGCAGCGAAUGAUAUCGACGAUAACACAGACAAGACAGGGAUAAAACGCCGUGCGUUGUUACUCACGGCGCUGGCUGAAGAUACCUACCGAAUAGCGAUCGAUUUGACCUUCCCGACCUCUGUGGAGGUUAUCGACUACAAAGCGUUGAUUAAAAUUUUAAAUAAUCAUUUCAAAAGUAAAAAAAGUUCCUUUGGCGAGCGGCUCAAAUUCAACUCGGCACAACAACGACCGGGUGAGGAGUUAGCGGAAUGGGCAGCUCGAGUGCGGAAUUUGGCUAAACAUUGUGGGUACAAAACUGAACUGGAAACAAUGCUUCGAGAUCGUUUUGUUCUCGGUAUGGUGCUUUCGAAGGAGAAAGAAAAGUUAUUUGCUGAAAGUGUCGAAACUUUGACCUUUAACCAAGCUUUGGAGAUCGCUCAAGGUGUGCAGUGUGCGCGGCAAGCAUUGCAAGGGGUGGACAUGGAUGCAAGUGGAGGAGUGCUGGCGCAGCCGGUGUUCUCGUUGCGUACAGAGCGCAGUGAGCGCGGCGGCCGCAGCGGCGACGGUGGCGGCGGCGGCGGCGGGACCGGCGGCGGCGGCGCGCCGCGGCCUGGCUCGGCGCCUGCAGCAACGGCGCGAUUUUCGUCGCGAAAUGGUGCGAAUCGAUGUGAUGUGUGUGGUUAUAAAAAUCAUUCAAAAGAUAAGUGUCGAUAUGCCGAGUUCACAUGUAGGAAGUGCAAUCAAAAGGGACAUUUGUUACGGAUGUGUAAAUCGAACGUAAAAACUUAUAGAGGCUCGGAUAAAACUUAUGAGGUUGAUGAUGUAAGCAUUAUUGGAAGCUUUGAACAAGAAUAUGAGAAGAGCACAGAGGGCCAAGAAGAUUUCAUAUACGAGCAACAAGAUCAAAACAGCGAUUCUUCAUUUCAAUCAUUACCGGAGAACAUCCAUAAUAGUAUGAUGUCCAAAUUGGGAGAGGAGCGAGCUGGUGGGGAGGAGAGAAUAUUAAGUGAUAACAGCGCGUCGAGUCCGAUACCUCUAGGUUCGGAUCCAGUGCAGCCUCUCAAUGUGCCAUCAACUGAUAAUAAUGAACACACCUUGCGUCAAAGACCCCUUAGAGCGACUCGAAAAAAAAAUAAAUUAUAAAUUGUAAUUGAGAUAUUUUAGGCUGUUCAUUGUUUUAGAUAAUUUUAUACUACUGGUGGAGGGAUGUGAUGUUUGUGGGUACAUCAUUAAUGUAUGACAUUUGUAAAUGUGUACCUACCUCUCAAUCGGGAUUUGUCAGUCGGUUGCCGGCCUUAAAACGUAUAGCUGAUUAACUGUGUAUAUAUU